UCGUCCGGAGCAGUCCGGAGCAUCUAUUCGACGAUGUAAAUCAAAAUGCGCGAUUUUGUCCCAUUAUCUCAUUUUCUCUCAUCUACUUGUGCUCUUCUCAUCUAACCUGAAAACGCAUAAAAAUUAACAACGCAGAUGUUAAGUGUUCAAAAGUAAACAAGGGGAAAACCUCGUGUUUACGGGUGUAUUCCUAACCUCCAAUAUCGUUUGACGCAGCAUCGUAUUCGCGAGAGAGAUGCUGCAAAAGGCGAUUCUAGGACUAAGGUGCACCGUUCGAACGGUGCACCUUCGCUCUCUUCGCUUUCUGUGGGGGCUGUCGGUCGAUGUUAAGGAGAAUCCAGGCGACAGGAUGCAAGCCUGGCAGAUACACUCAUAUAAUGGCCUGGAGGAUCUGAGACUCUCUAACGUCAGGGUGCCGGUGAUCACGAAUCCCACUGACGUCCUGGUGAAGAUCGAAGCAGCUAGUGUGAAUCCCAUCGACGUCGCGAUGACGGAUGGUUAUGGUAAUACUCUCCUGAAUGUUAUGCGUAAAACCAAAAGUUUGACCUCUGGACCCUGGGGCCAACUCCAAGAAUUAGAUUUGCCACUGACAUUGGGUAGAGACUUCGCAGGGGUGGUUGUAUCAAAAGGAUAUGAUGUAGGCGACAGGUUUAAACUAGGCGAGGAAGUUUGGGGUGUGGUUCCGAUUGAACAACAGGGCUGUCAUGCGAAUUACGUUGUGGUUAACAGUAGCUUAGUAAAUCCACGCCCUCCGAAAUUGUCUUAUAUCGAGGCUGCGAGUAUCCUGUACGCCGGACUGACUGCGUGGUCCGCACUGUGGAUCACAGGCGGGCUAUGUUACAAAACGACGAUGGCUACGAGAUUGAACAGACGCGUCCUGGUCAUGGGAGGUUCGGGUGGAGUCGGUACUUUGGCUAUACAGCUGCUAAAAGCUUGGGACAUGCAUGUAAUCAGCACGUGCAGUAGUGACGCUGUAGAGAUGCUGCAGAAUUUAGGUGCCGAUACUGUCAUUGAUUAUAAACAAGACGAUGCCGAUGCAGACAUUUUUUCAGAGGGACCGUAUGACAUCAUCUUAGAUUGCGCGAAUCAAGGGCCAGAGUAUGUCAGAAUGAAAGGAUAUCCGCACAAUACUUACAUAGCAUUAAAUUCGCCACUGUUAAAAAAUGUUGAUCAUCAUGGGCUAAUCGUAGGAAUGGCACAGAACCUUGGAGAUCUUUUGAAGUUCAAUAUUCCAAAGGAAGGAAACAAAAGUUGUGUUAAAUGGGGAUUUUUUAUGCCCUCCCAGACAGGGAUUAAUGUUCUCCAAGAGUUUGUCGAGAACGAAAAGAUCACACCUGUCGUUCAGCAAGUAUACCCUUUUCAAGAUUUGCCACAGGCAUAUGAGAGACUUAAGCAAGGCCAUUUAAGAGGCAAACUAGUAAUUGACAUGAGAUAGUAAACAGUAUUAAAUAUACUAAUGUAUAUAUAAAAUUAAUAUAUUUUUUGCAAAUAGUGUGGUGGUGCUUAUCAGCAAUAAAUAAUUAUGUUCUA